UCUGGUCUCUUUUCUCACCCAGCAUCAAGAAGAUGUGUGCAACAAUGCUGAAGAUAUUUCCAAUUCUAGCCAUCCUUGCAGGCCACACCAGCGGGGUCGUGGUGACGGUCCCUGAGAAGACAGUGAAUGUCACAACAGGUGGAAAUGCAACUCUGCUCUGCACCUACACCAGUCCUGAACCCCUGGGAAAUUUCUUUAUUCAGUGGAGUUUUUACAGUGCCAAAGAGAGUCAGCUGCAUACCCAUUCCCCGUGUCAUGGUAUUCUGAGUAUGGAUGAAAAGUCAGUCAGUCUUUGUCAAAAGACGGUGUAUGUGACAGAUGCACGGGGAAGAUGUAGCUGGAGAUACAAGAUCUAUUAUUAUUCAGGGGGCCAGUCUUACUCCUAUGGAGCAUUUAAGAACAGGAUAACAGCCUCAACAAGUCCAGGGAAUGCAUCAAUAACAAUCUCCAACAUGCAGCCCUCAGACACUGGCUCCUACACCUGUGAAGUUUUCAGCCCUCAGGGUGAUGCUGGACAGAGUCAAAAAUCUGUGAUUGUCAAUGUGCUGGUCAAACCAUCAAAACCUUUCUGCAAAGUAGAAGGAACCCCUGAAAAAGGCCAUCUGAUCUACCUCCUAUGCAACUGUGAAGAGGGACUGCCUCGCCCCACCUACCGCUGGUACAAAGUCGAUGAGAACACCCUCAAGCCUGUGACAGAACAACUUGAUCCAAACUCUGGCAUCCUUUACAUUGGCAACCUCACCACCUUUGAAACUGGCUACUACAGGUGCAUAGCCAGCAACCUCCUGGGGAACAGCACCUGUGAGCUUGACCUAACAGCAAAACAUUCAGAUGGUGGUGUUGUUGCUGGAGCACUGAUUGGAGCAAUUCUGGCAGCUGCUAUAAUCUGCAUUAUUGUCUGGGUCUUAACCAAGAAGGCAAAAAAUAGGAAGUCACCAAAUAAUGAGAUGCAAGAAAUGGUUCAGAAACAAUCCAAUGCAGACUAUGUUCAGGUACCCAAUGAAGAAAACAUUCCUGUGACCACAGUUCCACCAAGCAAUGCAACAAAUGAAUACCCAAGUGUUGAUGAACCAGCAGCUCCUGCAACCCCUGAAAAUGACGAGAAGCAAGAAGCAGAAAAAGAAGAAACAGCCUAGAGUUUAUAAUAGAGUUUUCUUUGUCACCUUUGGACCCCUUUGUACAAAAAUUGUUGUCAUUGAAUUAACAUAGAAGCAUGACUAAAACUUGUAUUCAAGGCAUUUGUAUUGUGACCCACUGGGGUGGAUCAAAAAGGGUCUGUCACACAGGCACUUUGUGAAUAGCAGGAGAUUUGGCCUUUAAAGUGAACCAAAUUUCUUUUAUUAUAUUGUUAUACUGUGCAAAAAUUUAAAUAUAAAAAAUAGUAUUAUGUACAUCAACCUAUUUUGCAAAACUAAUUAGGAAAUGGGCUGAAGCAUUUAUUAAAGAGCUUUCCAGUCAACUACCAGUAAUGCUGUGUCCACAAAGCUCAGAACCCCAGCAGCCUUGUCCAGAAACAGUGUUAGCCAGCCUGCUUCGUGUGCACCAAGAACAGUAAUCAUGGCCAGUACACUGCAGUGUUUCAAGGAACUGAUUUUGCACAUUAGAAGUAAAAAGAAGUUACGUUAAUGUCAUCAGAAUGCUGAAACAUCUGUUAACAUCUUAACAGAUGUUAAGACCUGCGUCAAGGAAAUCUUGUGUGUCUGAGUUCCACCUAAGCUUAAAAAAAAAAA